AUGAUUAGCAUUCCUGUGAACAUCAAUACCGUUUAUAUACCAAUUGUUCGAAUUGGAUGUUUUAAAGCAGAAUUCGAUUCAACAUACCCAAUUCAUUUAAAUGGUAUAAUUAGUCCACAUGAAUUUCAAGAAUCAAUUAAUAAAAUAAAUCUUAGACUAACUUCAAAUAAAAAACUUUCAACUAUUUGUUCGAUUAUGUUCGCUCUGAUAUUUGUAUUUGGAUUACUAAGCGGUGUUGUUGGUGCAAUAAUACACAGAAAGUCUUAUACAGCUUUUGGUGUAUUACUUGUUUUUGGAGUAUUUUUGAUGGUUUUUGGAGGAAUAAUUUAUGUUAUAGGAAUUUUUUUUAUACAUCCAAAACGGUCAGCACAAUUAAAACAGGCCAUUGCUGAAGAAUCAAUGAGAUAUUCAUCAAGAUCACCAACACCAUGUAGCUGGAGAAUAGAUACUUCAAGAAGUCGGCUUGAAGGACAUGCAAAUCAUCAUAAUAGUAAACAAAUACUUUGUCAGUUAGCAAUAGAUAUUGAUUGUUCUGAUCAACAAGAAAAUGUUAAUCGAAUACAUUAUUCGAAUAAAGCUGCUCCUGAAUCAACAGAAUUCGUGCCACCAGAAGAUAGUGACGCACCUCCACCAUAUUCUGUUUAA